AUGCCUUUGUUUGGGAAGAUAAGUGAAUUCCAGGAUGGCCAAGAAAGCUUUCUAAACUAUGAGGAACGGUUGGUACAGUUCUUCGAAGCCAACGAAGUGCCCGAUGAGAAACUGGUCCCUGUUUUUCUGUCCGUGAUAGGAUCGUCAGCGUAUGGGGUCCUCAAGAACUUGGUUGCUCCUGCACUCCCCAAGGAUAAAUCUUAUGCAGACUUGGUCAAACUAUUGAAAAAUCAUUAUAACCCCAAGCCGCUCACAAUUUCAGAAAGGUUCAAGUUUAAUAAACGCAAUCAAAAAGAGGGGGAAACAGUAUCUGAAUAUGUAGUCGAGUUGAAACGAUUAUCUACACAUUGUGAUUUUGGAACAUUUUUAAAUGACGCAUUGAGAGAUAGGUUUGUCUGCGGUCUACGGUCAGAAACGAUUCAAAAGAAACUGUUAGCCGAGGAGGAGUUAUCAUUUGAUCAGGCCAUUAAGAUAAGUACCGCUAUGGAAAUGGCUGAGAAAGACACUGUGUCCUUUGGUGGUGUGGCAGCGGCAGCUGUUAAUAAAGUGAAAAUUAAGUCGCGUCCUGUUCCAACACCGUCUGAGCCUAAACCUGUAAAAACUCCGCAGAAGAAAAAUGGGUGUUAUCGUUGUGGUGGGAAUCACCAUUCAGACUCUUGCAUGCACAAGAAAAGUAAAUGCUAUAAUUGUGGUAAAAUUGGUCACUUAGCAAACAAAUGUAGGAACCGGCAGUUCGCGAGGAACACUAACUUUGUCGAAGAAUCAAGUGAUGAAGAGCUUACUUUGUUUGUUUAUUCUAAUUCAGAAAGCAAAUCAAAUCAUCCGUUUAAGGUGAAUUUUAUGCUUGAUAAUGAAGAUGUGUUAUUUGAACUAGACACGGGUAGUUCAAGAACUCUAAUCAAUGAACAUACUUACCGCGCACAACUAGGUGGUAAUAAACUUCGUCCAACUAACAUUAAGUUGAAAAGUUAUUCAGGUCAGAGCAUAGACACUUUAGGUGAAAUUACUGUAUCAAGUGAAGGGAAAUUACUGACCGCUGUGGUUGUCAAAGGAAAUAGGCCAAAUUUGCUAGGUCGUGAUUGGCUGAAACAAAUAAAACUUGACUGGAAAACAAUCUUUGCUAGUGUUAACAAAGUAGAUAGCUCUGAUCCGGUAGAAACUAUGAAACAAAAAUUCUCAGAAGUAUUUGUGAAAAAUGACAAACCGAUUUUAGGUUUCAAAGCAACUAUUCAUUUGAAAGAAAAUAGCAAACCAUGGUUUCAUAAAGCCAGACCGGUACCCUAUGCAUUAAAAGACAAGGUGACUGAGGAAUUGAAAAUUCUUGAAAAAGAUGGUGUAAUUGAGCGUGUCGAUAAUAGUUCUUGGGCAAGUCCGCUGGUUGUCGUGCCAAAGGCGGACAAGAAAAGUUUACGACUAUGCGGGGACUAUAAAGUGUCAGUAAAUCGUGAAAUUAGCGAAGAUCAGUAUCCGCUACCGAACGUUGACGAUAUGUUCGCGACCCUUGCUGGGGGUAAAAAGUUUACUAAGCUGGAUCUUACGCAGGCCUAUGCACAGCUAGAACUUGAUGAGAACUCCAAGGAUCUACUUACAAUCAAUACACACUUGGGAUUAUAUAAGUAUAAUCGGUUAGCCUAUGGAGUGAGUUCAGCACCUGCGAUAUUUCAGUCAGUGAUGGACACUGUACUGGCUGGUCUUUCUGGAGUGGUGUGCCGUAUAGACGAUAUACUUAUUACAGCUCCAUCCGAUGACGUGCAUCUACAGCGACUCGAGGAGGUGUUGCGACGCCUUCAUACACACAACAUCAAGUUGAAUGCCAACAAAUGCGUGUUUAUGGCAAAGAAUGUAGUGUUCAUGGGACAUCUUGUAGAUGAAGAAGGUAUUCAUCCUACUGACGACAAGGUAGAGGCUGUCAUGAAAGCGCCAGUGCCUACCGAUGUUGGAACCCUGAAAUCUUACCUGGGACUCCUGAAUUACUACGGUUCAUUUAUUCCGAAUUUGUCAACAAUGCUUCAUCCGUUACAUCAACUGUUACGUAAAGGAGCAAAGUGGGAGUGGUCGGCUGAGUGCCAAGAAGCUUUUGACCGCUCUAAGGACGAACUCUCAGGUACAAGGGUACUCAUUCACUAUGAUGAACAGAAACCUGUGAUUUUAGCUUGCGAUGCUUCGGCAUACGGAGUGGGGGCAGUUAUCUCCCAUGUUAUGGAAGACGGAACAGAGAAGCCGAUUGCUUAUGCUUCUCGGACACUGGCUCCAGCCGAAAGGAACUAUUCUCAGGUAGAGAAGGAGGCGCUAGGAAUCGUUUUUGGAGUAAAAAAAUUUCACAAAUAUCUCUAUGGGCGCAAGUUUUCUCUACUUACCGAUCAUACCGCGUUGACAACAAUUUUCGGUCCUACCAGGGGGAUACCUACCUUAGCCGCGUCACGUUUGCAGCGGUGGGCUAUACUCCUAUCGGGUUACCAGUAUGACAUAAAGUAUCGGAAAUCGUCUGCGCAUGGCAAUUGUGAUGGGUUGUCACGGUUACCUGUAACCAGUAGCGAGGUUGAAAGUACAGAUGACUUAGUAUCUUUCAUUGAGGAACUUCCGGUUGAGGCAAGAGUGAUUGCUGACGCAACUCGAAAAUGUCCAAUUCUGAGUAAGGUCAUUGACUUUGUAUUAAGUGGGUGGCCAAAACAUAACGACGAUCCCAAAAUACGACCAUAUUUUAGCAAACGGUUUGAACUUGGUGUUGACCGUGGUGUGCUACUAUGGGGUCUACGUGUUAUAAUUCCAGAGACUCUGCGGAAUACUAUUCUUUCAGAACUUCAUGAUCAACAUCGUGGGGUAAACAGAAUGAAAUCGCUGGCUCGCGGUUAUGUCUGGUGGCCUAACUUGGACUCUGAACUUGAACACCUUGCGGCCACCUGUGGAACCUGUCAGUCGUUGAAAGCACUUCCUGCAGAAGCACCGCUGCAUCCAUGGGUUCGCGCUUCACGCCCUAUGGAACGAAUUCAUAUUGACUUUGCAGACUUUAAGAACCAUUCAUUUUUGAUACUAAUAGAUAACUACAGCAAGUGGUUGGAGGUUAUACCAAUGAAAAGUACCACCAGUGAAAACACUAUAGACAAACUAAGAUCUAUUUUUAGUUACACGGGGUUACCUGAACAACUGGUUUCUGAUAAUGGCCCACAGUUUACAUCAGUUACAUUCAAGGACUUUGUAAAAACGACAGGCAUUAGACACACACUUACUCCGCCCUAUCAUCCAUCGUCAAAUGGGCAGGCAGAAAGGGCCGUGCAAGUAGUUAAAAACGCAUUGAAAGCCAGAAUUAAAGAUAAUGCGAAAAGUGUAAAGUCAGUGAGCUUAACACAUCUCCUUGCUGAUUUCCUGCUGAAAUAUAGAAUUACACCACAUACUACAACCGGUAUCGCUCCAUGUGAACUGUUCAUGAAUCGUCAGUUACGAACGAGAUUGAGUUUAGUGAAACCAUCUAAGGACAGCAAAGUGAAGGACAGUCAAAUGAAAAUGAAAGCUGUUCAUGACAAGUCAACUAAAAUGCGAACAUUUGAAAAGGGCGAUCAAGUGGCAGUUAAAAGCACAAUUCAAGGGGGAAGAUGGGAGUGGCGGCCAGGCGUUAUUCAUAAGGUACGUGGAGCAGUUUCGUAUCUGGUGAAAUGUAACAACCGAAUUCGAUACUGUCAUAUUGAUCAUUUGGUUACCCGGCAUGCAGAGUUGCCAUUCAGUGAGACUUGUUCUGUGCCAUCAAAUGACUUAGUGGCUCCGGACGUUCAUGAUAAUCAAAAGUCCGUACUUUCCGAAUGUUCUAUUCCUACGGCCGAAACUCCUGUGGAAGUCUCCUCUUUACCACCUGGACCAGUAUCUCUGCCAGGAGAACCUUCGAACCCACCAUCUCCGUCUGUGCCAUCUACUGAAAGUACUGAUUCUAGUCCAGUGAAUGAAAGACCGAAACGUACAAUCAAAACACCAAGGAAACUGAAAGACUAUGUGUGGGAAAAACGCUAG